CGGGCUAAACACACGCCUCCGGAGCACUCCGACACGUCAUCCCAGCGCGAAGGAAGAAGCAACCGGCGGAGGAAGCCCAAAGCAUCCCACACAACCAAGAGGAGAGAGAGAGGACAAAUCCGCUCCCCACCCCCACCAUCGUUCCUUCCCAGCUGCUCGAUCGAUGACCUCGUUCAUCCUCAUCGCCCUCGGAGCUCAAUUCGUCUCCUGACUCCGCCAAGAGGGAGGUGGAUUAUCUUGAGGGGAACGGUCAUGUACUUCAGUGCACUCUGGUGUUGAGGCCUCAAGUCAGGAACACCCCAAGUUCGAGUUGAAAGCAUAUCCACUGCAAGUCAGAGCUGUCGCAUAUGGAUGCCACGACGAGCAGCGGAGCUUCCUCUUCUCUUCCCCUCCACCUCAUUGUGGAUGAUACACUAUCCCUCGUUUCUCCACUGCAGCAAUCGUACCAACGAUCGCAGCGUCAUUGCCUUGGUGAUUCUGCUCCUGGGGAGUUUCCCUUGGCUGCAAACCCAUCUAUAGUCCUCCAUGUCCUCACAUCAUGCAAUCUAGAACCCGAGGACCUCGCUCACUUGGAGGCAACAUGCAAAUUCUUCAGGAAGCCUGCCAAUUUCCCUCCUGACUUCCUAUUGUCAAUGUCGGAGCUUGCGGCUUUCGACAUGUGCCAGAAUCGUGCUAUAUUUAAGCCUAUGGGUACACAAGAAAAAGAAAUGUUUAAGCAGCGCUGCGGCGGUACCUGGAAGCUAGUGCUUAGGUUCAUAACUCUAGGUGAAGCAUGUUGUCGGCGAGAAAAAUCUCAGGCAAUUGCUGGACCUGGCCACAGCGUCGCUGUGACAGCAAGUGGCGCUGCUUACUCUUUUGGGUCCAACAACUCUGGCCAACUUGGCCAUGACCGUUUAGAAGAGGAGUGGAGACCACGUCCCAUCAGAUCAUUGCAGGGUAUUCGAAUUAUUCAGGCAGCAGCAGGAGCAGGGCGUACUAUGCUCGUUAGUGAUGCUGGUAGGGUGUAUGCAUUUGGGAAGGAUUCCUUUGGAGAGGUAGAAUAUGGGAAUCAAGGUUCAAGGGUUGUGACUACGCCACAGUUGGUGGAAUCAUUGAAGCACAUAUACAUUGUACAGGCAGCAAUAGGGAACUUCUUUACUGCUGUGUUAUCUCGGGAGGGAUGUGUAUAUACAUUUUCUUGGGGUGGCGACAUGAAACUUGGUCACCAAACGGAGCCAAACGAUGUACAGCCUCAUCUUCUCGCAGGCCCUCUUGAGGACAUUCCAGUGGUGCAGAUAGCUGCAGGCUACUGCUAUCUCCUUCUUCUGGCAUGCCAACCAAGUGGCAUGUCUGUUUAUUCUGUUGGUUGUGGUUUAGGAGGGAAGCUUGGCCAUGGCUCGCGAAGUGAUGAGAAAUACCCUAGGUUGAUUGAGCAAUUCCAGACCCUGAAUAUACAGCCAGUGGUGGUUGCUGCGGGUGCUUGGCAUGCUGCUGUUGUGGGCAAGGAUGGACGAGUUUGUACUUGGGGAUGGGGGCGUUAUGGCUGCUUGGGGCAUGGUAAUGAGGAAUGUGAGUCUGUUCCCAAGGUAGUUGAGACCUUGAGCAGUGUGAAGGCUGUCCAUGUAGCAACUGGAGAUUACACCACAUUUGUUGUGUCACAUAAAGGUGAUGUUUACUCGUUUGGAUGUGGUGAAUCAUCAAGCCUUGGCCACAAUACUGCGAUUGAGGGUAAUAACAGGCACAGCAAUGUCCUUAGCCCUGAGCUGGUGACCUCUUUGCAGAGAAUCGAUGAAAGGGUGGUGCAUGUCAGCCUUACGAAUUCCAUAUACUGGAAUGCACAUACAUUUGCACUGACAGAGUCAGGCAAAUUGUAUGCAUUCGGCGCAGGGGACAAAGGACAGCUAGGAACUGAACUUGUCGAACACCGAAGCGAGAGGGGUACCCCGGAGCAGGUCGAUAUUGACCUCAAUUAGGUUCAGUUGCAGCACAAUGCCUCCCUUUCGCCCUUUCGCUUCAGUUGCACACUUCUAACCAUCACUUUUCUAACUCAGCACUCUUUGCAUUGCGUGCUCUUAGUCUGUAUCGCAUUGAUCCUUGUCAAUAUUGUUAGCCAGCAAAACAAGGAAUUUGUUGUUCAUAUGUUUGAUUCUAUUUAGAAAGCUUGUGUAUAUAUUUGUGAUUGUAAAUAUAACAAGCAGGUCUUCUUGUCAGUUCCUUCAAACAUGAGCCGCUGGCUUGUGAUUGGUAAUUUAACAUGUUUUAAAAUUUACCUUUGUAUA